GUGACUCUUGCAAAUCGCCUCUGUGAUCGCUCAUCAGCAAGUUCCAGUCAAGUUUCCACAUGGAUUGUUAACAUAUUUACUGAAAAUCAGCCGCAACGACAUUUUAAUAUUAUCAUUUAAUAGACUAUUAAAUCUAAUAUAACAAUUGACUCGGAAAUCAGAUAAAAUGGUACUGUCCUGUCGAUUUUAUAAGGAAAAAUAUCCCGAGGUCGAGGAUGUUGUUAUGGUUAAUGUGCGAAGCAUUGCCGAGAUGGGGGCGUAUGUACAUCUGUUGGAGUAUAAUAAUAUUGAAGGGAUGAUUCUACUUUCUGAGCUGUCCAGGCGACGUAUUAGGUCUAUUAACAAGCUCAUUAGGGUAGGGAAAACUGAACCCGUUGUCGUUAUUCGUGUUGAUAAGGAGAAAGGGUACAUUGACUUGAGUAAACGUCGAGUGUCUCCGGAAGACGUUGAGAAGUGCACAGAGAGAUACGCAAAAGCUAAAGCAGUGAAUUCAAUACUGAGACAUGUGGCUGAACUAUUACAUUAUGACAACGAUGAGCAGCUGGAGGAGCUGUAUCAGAAGACCGCGUGGCAUUUCGAGGAGAAGUAUAAAAAGCAGAAGGCGUCGGCUUACGAUUUUUUCAAACAAUCAGUAUUGGAUCCAUCUAUUUUGGCGGAAUGUGGUCUGGAUGAUCACACCAAGGAAGUAUUGCUGAGCAAUAUUAAGAGGAAAUUAACGUCCCAAGCAGUGAAGAUUCGUGCUGACGUGGAAGUUGCAUGCUACGGUUACGAGGGCAUUGACGCUGUCAAGGGUGCCCUCAAGGCUGGACUCGCUCUGUCCACUGAAGAACUGCCUAUUAAAAUUAAUCUGAUCGCACCACCUCUCUACGUCAUGACAACAUCAACACCAGAGAAAACAGACGGUUUGAGGGCACUGAAUGACGCUAUUGUCGCGAUAAAAGCAAAAAUAGUUGAAUUGGGUGGUGUGUUCAAUAUUCAAAUGGCUCCUAAAGUUGUAACAGCAACCGACGAAGCCGAGCUGGCGAGACAAAUGGAACGAGCUGAAAUGGAAAAUGCCGAAGUAGCUGGUGACGACGAUGAAGAGGAAGUCGAGGGAAUGGGGGAGUUCAGCGGUGGUGAGGGCGAAGAGGAGGACAACAAAGGCCAGGAAUCUCAGGGAGAAGACUAAGCCCCAGUUGAGCACAUUUUUUUACUCUGGUGUAAACGUUCAUACAGAUAAAUCAUUUAAAGGUGCACUUUUAUCUGUAUAAGUUGUGGAAAAUAUCUGAUAUGCGUUAUCCUCCGAAAAUUUUGAAAAUAAAUUGUGUAAUAAUUUUCAA